CAAAGCCUAAGAAAACAAAUUUUAGUUAUUGAACAUUAACAAAUAAUUAUUUUUAAAUAUUAUUAGUAUCUAAACACAAGAAAUGCAAGUAGGAACAAAAACCAACGGAAAAAACCUUUCUCGAGCCCCUUGCCACCAUUAGUAGUACCCAAGCUUGAAUUCUUCCUGCUCUCUUUUCUCUGUCACCCUUCUUUACCUAUUUUCAUCUCCUCUCCAUUUUCUUCCUCUAAAUUCAGCUUAGUAAAAGAAAGCCAAGAAACUUUAGGAAAAAAUAAAAUCCAGCUAAUUUCCAAGUUUCUAAAUUCCUCUGUUUUCUCUUUUUCUUUGAAAAAAUUGUCUAAAGUUAUAAUCUUUUUAUCAAACAAGAACAGGGUUUUUGAUUCUUAAAAAAAGCAUUUCAACUGUUUUAAGAUUAGACAUAAAAUGGGUUUUUGGAGAACAUUUUACAGAAUAAAUUUGCUUUAAAUCCGAUAUGAGGAAAGACAAAAACUAACUCCAUUUUUAUAAGACACCCAGAUAACCCUAAAGCUUUAAUCUUUUGUAUAUUUUCAUGUUAAAAAAGAAGACAAAAGUGGAGUAAAAAUGCUUUUCUUUUAAAACCAAAAACCCAUAUUUUUCAAAUCUAUUUUUUUUUCAUUUUUUUGCUGAAUUUUUUCAUUUUUUUCAACAAAAAUGGGAUGUGUAGCAUCAAGAAUAGGAGAAGAAGAAGAAGAAGCGGUAGCAAUUUGUAGAGAAAGAAAAAAGUUAAUGAAAUUAGCAGUAGAAAAAAGAUAUGAACUUGCAGAUGCUCAUUGUAGGUACUGUCAUUCUUUAUAUGCAGUUGCAGCUGCUAUAAAACUCUUUGUUGCAAGACAUUCAACACCUUCAUCACCAUUUUUAAUCACUUUCCCACCUCCAAAUUGUUCUCCUUCUUCUCUAAAUUCACCCUCACAAGCAGAAAAAGUAACCACAAAUCCAAUUCUUCUGCAACAAAACCCUUCUCAACCUACCAUUACUUCACAUGAAGAUGAAAAUCUCCAUUGUUGUGAACAGGAAAAAGAAAGUAAAAGGAAUUUUAAUGAUACCCAACAACAACAAACUUAUGGGUAUUACUCUUUGAGUUUGCCAAUGUCAAUGCCAACCCCUCAAACAGAUUUUGAUGGGUGGGAUUUUUUCAACCCAUUUUAUGGUGUCCGACCUGAGUCCAUAUGCCCCGGGUAUGGAUCUUUUGGGGGUGAAGAUUUGAAGGCAGUGAGGGAGGAAGAAGGAUUACCUGAAUUGGAAAAGGAAGAAGAGAGGGAAGUGCAAAAAAGUAUAAGCAAUGUUAUGGAAGAUAAUAAUGGUAAUAAUGUUAAGGUAAUGGAUGAAAAGGGGUUAAAUGUUAUUGAUAAACCAGUAAGAGGAAAAGAAUUGUUGGAUGCAUUGAAGGAUAUUGAAGAUCAUUUUAUUAGGGCUUAUGAUUCUGGUAAAGAGGUUUCUAGGAUGCUUGAAGCUAAUAAGAUGCAUAUGCAAUCUGGUCUUGAUGAAAUUAAAGAAAAUUCAACAAAACUGAUUCAGGCAAUUACAUGGCACCGAUCCAAUACAGCUCGGUCUUCCUCGUGUAAAAGUUUAGUGGCUUCAAGCUCGAAGAACUCUAGCUCGUGGGCAGAGUAUAAAAACGAUCUCUUUGAUGAUUAUGGUGGCAUGUCAGCCGGAAGCCAUUCACUGACCUUAGGAAGGCUUUAUGCUUGGGAAAAGAAGCUCUAUGAAGAGGUUAAGGCUGGUGACGACAUAAAAAAGUUGUAUAAAAGAAAGUGUUCACAAUUGAGAAACAAGGAUGUUAAAGGAGGGAACACAUUGUCUGUUGACAAGAUUAGAGCUUCGGUGAAAGAUCUCUACUCUCGAAUUUUGGUAGCCCUCCGGAGAGCUGAAUCCAUAUCCGAACAGAUCGAGAAACUUGCUGACGAAGAACUACAGCCUCAAAUCAUUGAAUUGCUGCAGGGUUUGACUCGGUCCUGGCAGACGAUGAUGGCAUCCCAUGAAUCCCAGAGCCACAUAAUAUUUGAAGUUUCGACUUUCGAUUGCCCAUCGUAUGGAAAGUUCUGCAAUGAUUCACACCGUCUUGCUACCUUACAACUGGAGGCCGAGAUUCAGAAUUGGCGCGAACGCUUUGUAGAGUAUGUUGCUGCACAAAAAUCUUAUGUGGGUGUUCUUCACGGUUGGCUAUCCAAGUUUAUCGUCCCAGAAGUAGAAUUUUGGUCUAAAUUGAAGAGUUAUGAUGCACCAUAUCGUGCCAAAGGUCCCCCGUUGUACACAAUAUGUCGUGAUUGGUUAUCUUCCAUGGAAAACUUGCCUGAUAAGGCGGUUUCUAUGGCGAUGAAAACUCUUGCGAAGGACAUCAGGGCGUUAUGGGUUCAGCAAGGGGAGGAGCAAAACCAAAAGAGGAAAGUUGACAAAAUGGUUAAAGGACUAGAGAAGAAGAUGGUAGCAUAUCAGAAAGUAGAAGGAAGAAUUCAGGAUACUACUAAGCUUUUAGAGUAUAAACACCCUUUAGAAAUGGAUGCACCAAGUCAGGAUGAUGAUACCCAACAACACGAACCCGAUUAUUUAUCAGAAAAGAAAGAUACUUUAGACGGUUUCAAGCGACGAUUGGAGUUUGAGAAAGAGAAACAUCAUCAUUGCAUGGAAGAAAGUCGAAGAAUUACAUUGAAUGGAUUUCAAACUGGAUUUUCGUUGAUUUUUGAUGCUAUGGUGCACUUCUCGACUGCUUCGCUGAAAAUGUACAAUGAUUUGGUAAGUGAUCAUCAAAGUUUGAAGGGCGAAUCAUAGAUAAGCAUAUAAGAAGGUUCCCUCAUGUCGAUAAAAACUGAACAAAAAAUGAGUCGAGGUGCUAACCGGGGUGAAAGGGCCUUGAGUGUUUUUAAAUCAAGGAUUUUGUGUGUGGGGUUUGUACAUUAUAUCUGCGCAGAAGCAGCUCGCUGAGGUGCAGGUAGAGGGAUGAUUACCCAAAAUUUUGUUGUAAGACCAAAGAGUUCUUGAUGCUUUACAUCUCUCUUUGGCCUAUAAAUCUUAAGUUGUGUGUGUUAGGAUUGUCACUUGUCAGGGCAUUCUUCGGAUGUUGUAUGUUUUAGAACAAAUUCAUCAUUAUCUAUGACCAACCAAACAAUGUUUGCUCCAAACAUCUCAAGUUUUAGUACAAAUUUGCAGUUAAUCCUUUUUUUUGAAUUUAGCUUAAAUUGCUCAAAAAUAGUUUAAAAGUGAAAUAAUUUGCUUUUUAUAACUCUUGAAAAGACAAGCAAAUCAUGAGAUAAACUCUGGUUAUACUUGCUAAAAUAAAAAAUGAUGCCCAUCAGGCACCAACAAUGAUUAUUGUCUAUUUUGAGGCUUGGGAGCAAGAUUUUUUUUAAUUUACCUUAAUGGAAGCUAAAGAUUUUGAUUAUGAAUCAUUUGGUUAAGAGG